CUAGCAACACUGACACAACACAAUUUCGUUUGUGCCGCUGAUAUAUGAUGAAUAGUAACGACGCUUUCAAGUUAAUCAUUUAUUUUAUUUGAUAUUUUCACGUAUAACUUAGUGAUAGUUAAGUGAUAAAAAAUAUUUAGUGUGGAUUGCUUAGGGGCUACGUGUAAAUCAUGAGUCAGAUAGUAACGCGUAAGGGGCCGAAGGGUGAAGAUAAAGAAAAGAGACAGACAGACAGUCCAGUUAAAGAAAUGAAAAAGAAAAUAGCAGCCAACGCUGAAAAAGAGAAACAGGCGGCAGAGAAGAUUGCAGAGAAAUCCGUCCAAAGCGACAAAAAGGCUGAGAAAUCUACGGAAAAGGUAGCGGAGAAACCUAGCGAGAGAAAGGAGAAAUCUGAGAAAGGCCUAGACAAGAGUAUAGAUAAAAAAGAUAAGGCAGAAAAGAGUGCUGAAAAAAACGAAAGUACAUCUGAUAAAAAAGACACUACAAUAGAUAAAACUACAGAUAAAAAAGAAAAACCAUCAGAUAAAACAACAGAAAAAAAGGAAAAAACAUCAGAUAAAACUACAGAUAAAAAGGAAAAACAUUUAGAUAAGAAGGACGCCGCCGUAGAAAAGGCAACCGAUAGCAAAGAAAAGAAUGGAAAGAUGGAAUUGUCCGAGGAAAAGGCAAAGAAACCGGAGACGAAAGCGAAGGAAAACGGCGCUGCAACGAACGGCGAACAGAAUGGUGACACGGUGAGUUCGGAGGACGAGCUCCAGGAGUCGGACGUGGAGCGGGACGAGAUGUUCCCGGAGCUGGCGUACGAGGACUCGGACGGGGAGACCUUCGAGCCCCCCACGCCCGAGGGGCUGCCCAGCCGCAGCUACACGCGCCGCUCGCAGGUGAAGGCGGCGCGCACGCCGGAGACGCCGCGCCCCGCCUCCGGCCGCAACGGCGACCGCGACUACGUGCCCGACGAUUCGAAGCUGCUCAAAUUGAAGGACGACGCGCUAUCAACGGACCGCAAGCUACGUUCAGCGGAUUCGCCGAAACCUCAGGAUAAAAAAAUUGAAAAGGUCCAGGAAGGGAAGAAGUCCGAAUCUCCUAAGAAGGAUUCUCUUAAGGCGGUCCAAGAGGAGCCGAGCAAGCCCGAGGAGAAGGAUGAUACUGCAACUGAUGUCGAAAUCGAAGUCGUCGUUGAAAUUGAAAACGAAGGGGCCGGCGGGGGCGGCGCGGGCGGCGGGGGCGAGCGGCGCGUGAAGGCCGACACCAACUUCUCCAAGUCGCGCGUGAAGGUGUCGCCCUACCGCCGCGCGCGCGAGCCGGCCGACGCCUCGCUGCUGGCCGACUACACCGGCAAUAACUCGACGAUGGAGAUGGACAUCACGGAGUCGUCGCUGGACGCGCCCGAGAGCCCGUACCUGAGCGGCCUGCGGACCAUCCGCGCCCGGCGCUCCUACCGCGUGCUGCAGGAGGUGUCGCUGCGGAGCGCCUGCAGGCCCUCGCGCAACGAGCUCGCCGGCGGCGGCGCGUCCCCGGCGGAGCAGCCGAGCCGGCCCACGGGCACGGUGGUGGGGCGCAAGCGGCGGCCCGAGGCGGAGGCCGAGGCGGCCCGCGGCAAGCGGCCGCGCCUGCUGGAGCGCCUCGCGCGCCCCUUCCGCGCCGCGCCGCCCCCCGCGCGCCGCGCCGCCGAGAUCGUGGGCAUCAACACGGACCUCCCGCUGAGCGCGCCGGUCGCGGCCGCCGCCGCCUGCGACCCGGAGGCCAUCAAGCCGCAGCCCGCCGGCGCCGCCCUCCCCGCCGCCCACCCCGCUGCCCUCCCCGCCGCCGUUAGCGACAGGGACGGCAGGAGAUGUACUGUGAUGUAAGUGAUUAUACAUGCGAUACUCUUUGUGACGAAUGUAAAUUAACUUAAACGGAGAGACGAUUAAAUAGAGCUGAACUCUCAAACCGGCCGGUCCCUUUUGGGCGGCAUUUGGUAAAUGAACUCAUCGCUUUCCGAACCGAAGUGACUUCUUUUUAAUCCAAAAUAUUGUUAAAAAAUGACCAGGGGUAGUGUCGUUUAAAAAGAAAGAUAGUUUACAAGGACAUUACCGAUAAAGUUGGAAAUUGCUGUUCUAAAUAUUACACCAGUGAAUAGUUUUAUACACUAUCGAAGAUGAUUUUUUGUUUUUUUAAUUCAGUCGAUUUAAUAUUCUUCAUUCAACUAAAAUCCUUAAAGAAAAUCUUACCAAGCAAUUAUUUGUCCCUAUGAUUUUUGAAUAGUCGGCCUGCAACAGUUCUUUGUCCUCGUAUGCAAUUAAAAAAAAAAUAUUCUUUUGUUUAUCGUGUACAUAAUUUGGAUUUACAAAAUCAAUUUAUAAGUUUGUUUACAUCGUGUACAAUUAGUAUCGUCGUCGGACUGUUAACAUAAAUUAGAAUAAUCGUGAAGCCUUCUCGUAGUACAAAUGUUGUACUUUACAAAUUCGUGUCUCGAAAUACUUUGUUUUUUUGUUACGUGACGUCGUUGAUACGUGAAAUUGGAUGAUUCGAUGAAAAGACUAGUUUAUUUUGUGCUAUAGCUGUAAUAUUACUCGUUUGUACAAAGUGAUUGAUAAGUGAGUUUGAUUCUUCUUUUUGUACAUACGAUACGACAUAUAUGGAUUAAUUGUCUUCGAAAAUCUCUUUAAUAAUAAUGUAUAAUUUUCUUUUGAAGAUUGUUUCAAUUUCACGAUAGAACGACGACAUCUUAGUAAGGUUGUUACGUAGAAGAAUUUUUAUAUCGUGGAUAUUAUUAAAAAAAAGACAAAAUUUAUUCGAGAAGAUUCCUUUGAAAUGCGCGUACUUUGAUAUAAAUAACAUUGUUAUGGUAUCUAAUGAAUGUUUAUACGAUGUUGUAUGUUUUUUUAAUAGGUCUGAUUUUGAUUAUGUAUGUAACUGCAUAAUUCAUACAAGGUUCGGGGGAACUGGGGGAACCAUUUUCACCCUUUAAUGUUGAACUUUUAAAAACAAAGUCCAGGCGAAUGCUCACUUAGUGGGUAUUUGGUUCGAACGUCCGUAUCUAACGUUCGAGUGGAACGUUUCAGACGUUAUAUGCUAAAUGUUAUUUGUAGUAUAAAGUACUCGCAUUUUCCACGUUCUCAAAUGUAUUCGAUAUUAUGUAUAUUUAAAAUGCGAAGCGGUCAAUAAAUUAUCAUAGGUUUUUUAAAGCGGAUCAGAAGUAUUUCAAAUGUAUGUCGGUAUUACUCGUUAUAACAACAUUAUUCAAUUUUAUCGAUAUUCAUUUAAAACGAUGUUUUCUUUUUCGAUGAGUUAGAUACUUUUCAGAACUUAUCUACGAACAAUAAAAAGUUUCAAUAAUAGUAGGUACACGAUCUCUAACCGGAACUUAUUUCAUCUCUUCCACACACGUUUUAUUAAAAAGAGAUAAAAAUUUUUUUUAGUUCGAUUCGUUUCAAAUUUCUUCGAAAAAUAAAAUUUUUCAUUCGUUUGAAUAAGAAGUAAAAGUUUAGUGAAUACCAUGUAACGAGUAAUGCUUGUUUUAAAUGUGUUCACAGAAUAUUAAUAUAUCGGUAGAUAAGCGACGUACGAUCGUUAGGUACCCGCGAAUGGGUACGGCGUUUUAGACUUCGACUAAUGUUUUAGCUAAGUUUUAUCAUGUGACUUGUAGAUAUAUUUCUGGACGUGCUAUUAAUUGACCAAUUUAUUGUUUAAAUGUAUUAAAUCUUUAAUCUUUUGGUGUAGUAAUACAAUAUCUUGAAUUUCAUAUCAUGGUUUUUUUUUUGUUUUAAACAAUCAAGUUACAACUUAUACGUCUAUUAAACAAUAAUCCUAAAAUAAUCGAUUAAUAACAUGUCCCCCCCAUUAAUUGUAAUUAUUUUAAAAUCGAAUCGAUAAAUAAUCGAAGUUACUGCAAAGUCUCGAUUAGAUUUUAAAAUAUAUAAAAAUAGUUUAGUUUAUAAGUUUUAUUUUAUAACAUUUUUAGUAAAGAAAUGCGGGUCUUGUGCAUUUUAAACGAAUUCGAGAUAGUUUACAAUAAAUCGGAAAUAGUGUAAAAUAAACUUGCAUUUCAAAAUAUAAAGCUAAAAGUAUAAUGCGUUUUUUAUUUUAUAUUUUAUUUAAUAGCUCAAUAUAACGACCAAAAAUAAUUAAGCUUCUUAUGUACAAGCGAUCCCUACGUUUAAAGCGAUUGAAAAGAUUUAUUUAAAGGAAUGUUGGCAACAUCUAUGUUAACGAUACUGACAAUAAUUUCUGUAAUUUGUCAACAAAAAUUGUAACAAUGUUAUGUAGACGUCGGUGACUUGUUAAACGAUAGAAAAUAAUUGUAGACACAAAUUGUAAACUUAUUCGUAGGGAGUUUCGCUAGUUUUAUCGUUAAGUAAACUAAUGUGUAACAAAUCUAUUAAAUUAAAAGGAUUUUUAAACUAAAACUGUCAUGACAAUAGAUUUAAACCACCGAAAGCGCCAUAUUAUAAAAUUUUCUUAAUAAUUAGUCGUUUGAUGAUUAUUUGUUUACUGGCAACAUUGUAAUUAGUUAUACAAAUAUAUAAAAAAAAAAUUGCCUAAGAAUCCUGCUACUUCCAUAGAAUAGGUUUUUCAAAUGGCAACAUUUAAAAAAUAAAUAUUGUAGAUCAUUGCUUUAAUUCUUAUUUUAUACAUUAAACAAAAUAUUUUUUAUUGUAUAAGUAUAAAAUUAUCAUCAAACAAUUGAUGCAAAAAGAAAUUCUAUGAUUUAAAUUCUUUUUUAUUACGAACACCAUAUUUUAUCUGUGUAUAUAUUGCACAUUCACAAUGAUUCAUUUGUAAAAAAUAAAUUAGAAAAUCCAAAUAUAAAUCACUUGUAAAUUUUAUUUAUUUUCAAUUUUCAAGCGCUUCCGAUUGAGUAAUAAAAAAAAUUUAUGUUGAUACAAAACAAUCAAUUUCGUCAGUGUAAUUGGACACGCCUUUAUCAAAGCAAUAAAAUGUCAAUGAUGUUAUCAAUAAAUCCAUACGAAUUAGUCAGUCGAAUAAAAGUAGGUCUAAAUAAUUUUAUAAUAGAAAUAUCAUCAUAUUGAAAAUGUUUACAUAUAAAAUAUUCUUUUGUUAUAUUUAAAAUGUUUCGUCAAAUAUUUUUUUAAUAAAAAUUUGAACUGUUCAUCUAACAGUACUAGAGCGUGUGACGUCACAAUGAUGUCUCCAUGAUAGAUAUCCUUGUGUUAUCGUCAGCAAUGCUUCAGAAUACGUUUAUGUAUUUUAAUAAAUAAGAAUGAGAAAUCUUUAUUUGAAUAACUCGGUCUUACGAAAGUAAUUUAAUGUUAUGUUGAUCCCUAAACAAGAAAAUCUCCUACUUAAAGGGCCGCUUUAUGUUUUUGAAGAUGUGCUACAGCAUUUUAAGAAAUUAUUUUUGUAGGAUAAUUGUAUUGCAUUUUGUUUUUUAUGGCGUUUAAAUCGUUAUUUCAAUCUAUGUAGCUUUGGAUGUAUGAACGUCACAUAGCUAAAUUUUUAAAUUGUUGAAGUUAUCACAAAACUGUUUUUACAGUACGUGCGUAUUGAAAUAACGAUUAUAACGGCAUAACAGUCUAAAAAUAAGAAAAAAGCACAGCGACUUUUGCAGGUGCAACGACGAUUUGUAAAGGGUCAACAAAUAAACAAAGUUAUAUUCCGUUAAAUAUCCUUUUUUUUUAUUUGCAUUUUUAUGUAAAAGCUUAGUGACAUUCGCUUAAUAUUAAAUUGUAUGUAAAUUAACCACUAUGAUAUGAUUUUUGAAUUUAUAAUCUGUCUCGGAGUAGUGUUUUUUUUUAAUUGCUGUAAUUAAUAUGAAAAGUGCUCUUGUAAGUUUGUGUGAAUGCUUCAACAGAUUAAAAAUAAGUUUAUUGUUUACUAUUUGAAUCAUAUGUUGCCUUUUUUGAAUUGUAAGUAUUACGUUGUCGACUGUCGUCCAUUCGUUUUUUAAUUGGAAAAAUAAAUUUUCAGUUUUUUUUUUUGUAAGUAAAAUGUAAUUUAGUGUAAUGAAAAUUAUAUUAUUGUAAUAAUAUAGAAUUGAUAAUUUUUGUUAAUAAAUCAUUGAAAUCG